AUGGACGACGACUACGACAACUACGUGCCACAAAUAUCCACAAUGGAUUGGCAAAAUUUAGGACAAGAUAAUGAAAGUAGUCAGAUGAGAGUUGAAAGCUCGGCUUCCGCUAUGGGGCCUAGUGGUUCUGGAUCUUAUUUGUAUGGUGUGGCUGGGGCAAAUAUUCCAGUGGCUGGAAGGGGUCAGCAUCAUCAGCGUCCCUUCCCUGGUAUGGGUAUAAUGCCUGCACAACCUUUUGGCGUGGGCGAAUAUGGACAAGGACAGGGUUAUCAAACGAACGAUUUCAUGUCUUCUGGACCUCAAUCUCAGAUGAUGAACUAUCAAAUGCAGAGUCAACCUGUUAGAUCUUUUGAUACUAUGAAUCCCAGUUAUAUGGCAGGAGACCCUUCGCGUCAAAAUGUGCUUCAACAGGGCAUAGUAAUAUUAUGA